UAAGUUUAAACUCGCUCGUUGCCUGCGCCACAUUUGAACUUUCUUUGGUUCAAUUAAAAAAUGGCUACGACUAUCUUAUCGCUCGUCCGUCCAACCUCCAAAUAACCUGCGAUAUGUUUGCAUUUCUGCAACUGGUAGAGGUUGAGCACUCUGGUUGCCUAUCAUCUACAACAAUUAAUAUUUUUGAUAAAGCUAUAUAACAAAUCCUUCCUUUGUAAUUUGUAACUUUUGUGGAGUUGCAAUAGAUAAUCAAAAUCGGAAUCUCCAUGUAGAUUUGGCUAUUUGCUGCCCUUAACAGUAUGUGAUGUGUUAUAUAAAUGUAUUUCAGUUAGCGGCGCUAGAGAAAUGCAUUCUUACUACUUCCCAGGACAAUUCUAUUGCAUUAACAAAGUCUAAUCAAAAUAGGGGUUGUAUUACCUUUUUCCGCGGGUUAUUUUUUAAAUGCUGUUAAAAGAGAGCUGAGUAAGGUAAUUGUUUCAGUAUAUGUCAAUAUUACCUUAUCCCAUGACACCAAUGCUUUGUUUAUGUUAGAUGACAAGCGCUUGGACAAAUAUGAGCUUUGCAAUCAAACAUAGGGAUAUAGAGAGGGAGUGGGAGAAUCAGGGUGGAGUUUUGGUUAUUUUUUUAUAUUAUUGGAGAUUCUUGCUCACUCUCAGAAGAUCUAUACCUGCUAAUAGUCUGGAAAGGAUUGGGAGAUCAAAUUUUAUUUCAAUAUUGUUAUAGCUUUGGAGCAUCUUUGGAGCAAAUGAGCAAUGGAGCUUGUGGAGCACGGCUCACCUCGAGGAUUGCUCUCUUGGUUUGCUUCAUGGUUUUGGAUUUCUUUACAUUUGUGUAAUCAUUAGAGUAAUGAUGAUAAUAAGUAGGCAUUUCAUUAUCAGGCAUGACAAAAGAAAGUGAGAUAUUUUCCCUUUGUUAAUGAGUUUCCAAAUUUUGCUUGCAGAGGAAUUGUAGAAAUUAUUCUAUCAGAUAUGAGUGGUCGAUUUUCUCGCACUAUUUAUGUUGGCAACCUGCCCUCAGAUAUCAGAGAGUCAGAAAUUGAGGAUUUAUUCUACAAGUAUGGUCGUAUAUUGGAUAUCGAGUUAAAGAUUCCACCUCGACCUCCAUGUUAUUGUUUUGUUGAGUUUGACAAUGCUCGAGAUGCAGAAGAUGCAAUUCGUGGUCGUGAUGGCUACAAUUUUGAUGGUUGUCGAUUAAGGGUGGAGCUUGCGCAUGGUGGUAGGGGGCCAUCAUCAAGUGAUCGGCGCGGUUAUGGUGGUGGUGGUGGGAGCCGUUUUGGCAUCUCACGUCAUUCUGAAUACCGAGUUAUUGUUCGUGGACUCCCAUCAUCUGCAUCUUGGCAGGAUUUAAAGGAUCAUAUGCGCAAAGCUGGUGAUGUAUGCUUUGCUGAGGUUUCACGUGAUAGUGAAGGCACAUUUGGCAUUGUUGACUACACUAAUUAUGACGACAUGAAAUAUGCUAUUCGAAAACUUGAUGACACUGAAUUUAGAAACCCAUGGGCAAGAGCCUACAUUCGGGUGAAGAAAUAUGAGGCCAGUCCCACAAGGAGCCGCAGCAGGAGCCCUGGCAGAAGCAGAAGUCCUAAAAGGAUUAGAAGUCGGUCAUUGGAGCGAUCUGUGUCUAGAUCACUAUCUAGGUCUAGAUCACCAUCGCCAAUCAAAUCUAGGCCAAGAUCGCCAUCACGUUCUCGGUCUCGGUCACAAUCUGGAUCACCACGCCAGGCUCGAUCGGCCAGUGGUUGAUCACUCCGCCAAUGCAGCUGGAUCCUUAUCUGGGGGUAGCCUCUGGUGCAAUGCGGGAUGAGUUUUAGAUGAUGCGGUUGUAUUAAGUUAUUUUGUUGGAAAUUAAUCAUGCACUUGAGUUUGGUCCUAAAAAAAGGCACUGGGGUUGUGUUAUUGACAAAUGUUAUAGAUCAGUUUGGGCGUUUGAUGUGCAUACGAUCACUCUAGGGAUUUAUGCUUGUCGUAUUUAUUCGAGACGACUAAUGUAUUAGUCUGGCCAUCAUAUUAUGUUUAUUACGUUGUUAGAGGGGUUAUUUAUGAAUGGCGUGGAUAACUCAAACGCUGAAAAGGAAGUUGACACCGUAAUUGUUGAAUAAAGAGAAAUGAGACUACCGCCAAGAA